AAUAUUUAAGAUGGUCAGAUAGAAUUCAUGUCAAAAGAUCAAGUUUUAUUGUGUAAAGGUGGUCUGAUAUGGAGGAAGAUAUUAAGCCCAGUAGCUCUUCUAGCUUGCUGUCACAGACUCGACAUUACCUUUCACUGGACUUUAACUGCGAGAACACUGCUCCUAGUCAUACAAACCGUUGUUUAGGCCUUUUUCGGAUGAUAGAUCAGCAAUCUAUUAUGCAAACACUUUUAGUUAAAGGUUGGUCAAAAGAAAAGGAACCAGAAAUGGAUAAAAAGAAAAAGUCUUUAAACAUUAGUAAAGUGACAAAUUCGAAUUCCCUCCACGCUUGCAAUACUCAACAGGAAAUAAUAAAACGUUGUAAUAUAUUUUGCAUAACCAAAGGUCUGGACAGUUGUUUUACAGGUAAUCAUUCAUGUGUGAGUGUGAAGGAGUCGCCAAGAACUCUUUAUGCAGAACUAGACGAUUUUGAUUCAAACAUAAAACCUUCUGAGUACAUUCCACAAUUAAUAGAUAUCAAUAACACGAUUGAAAUUGGUAAAACUAGUUCAUUUCCUUGAUAUUGAAGAGUACUUAACAGAAAUUCUGUACCAUUUCAUAGCCCUCUAUUUUUCAAAUUACGUAGUGAGUACGAAUUAAUAAAUCAAUAAAAUUAUGACAAACUUUAA